AUGGAAGCUAUAUCGAGCAUGGAGCCCAGUGGAUCCAUGGCCAGGAAGGAAAUGCUGUAUAUCAAGUGGCCAAGGCAAACGAUUUGGUUGAUGAAGAAUGCACAUCUUUCUUGGAGCACUUUUACGUUUGGCCCCAGUUGACGAAAGAAGAGAGUUGUAUUGCUUCUGAGGUGAGUUCUGUAGUCACGGAAGCAUUGGACAAGUGCCUGAAGAUAUCUUUGAGUGGAGUUCGAGACGUCUCCUCGAGCGUUGUGCAAAAGUCAGUGGGCCAUUUUUUGCGUCACAAGCUGCUUGAUUACAUCCAAGCAAACCACUUCCCCGAGAGUAAAGUGAAGCUUAUCGAGGCAUGCUACGACUGGGCCGUGCGGCUGCAACAUGAGAUCCAAGGCUGCAGCUCUCUUACCGAUCUCUCUGCACUGUUCUUUGGAAACUAUCACGAGUGUGACGGCAACAUUGUCACCGAGCUCAAGUACGGCUAUGGACGGUUUGUUGAAGUCAUUAUGCGGAGCAUUCCUCCUGAGUGGCUCCAUUUGAACAAAAAAGUCACUAACAUCAACACUUCCCUAGCCACAUUGUCAUCCAGUAACUUCCACCCCAUCAAGAAGUCACUGAGUCAUCUCAAGACGUCAUUCGCUGCAGUUCCCUUAAGAAGCAAUAAGCCCCUAAUAACCGUGGUCUGUGAAGAUGGCACUACAUUAAAAGCGGACCACGUUGUGGUCACUUUGCCUCUGGGAGUCCUCAAGGCCAAUGCGUCCUCAAUGUUUGAUCCCCCGUUACCGGAAAAGAAGUUACUGGCCAUCCGAUCCUUGGGCUACGGCACGGUAGACAAGGUGUUCCUCAAGUACGACAAUCCCUUCUGGCAGCCCACAGAUGUGUACCAAGUCCUGUGGCUGGAUGGCUUCAACCAUUGUGGAAACAAAGUGGACCAAGACGACAUGUCGGCGUGGGUGACGCACGGCCAGCUCCAGACAUCCUGGUUCCGCUACAUCGGGAGGUUCAACGCAGUGCGCCACCAGCCCCAAGUGCUGUGCUGCUGGCUCUCGGGAGAGGGAGCCAAGUUCAUGGAGACCCUGAGCGACGACGAGGUGCGCACGGGCUGCCACCAAGUCCUCCGGCAGGUCCUCGGCCGACCGGACCUCCCUGAGCCAAACUACAUGGAACGGAGCACGUGGCACAGCGAUCCCUUCUCAGUGGGCUCUUAUUCCUACAUAGCGGUUUCCUGCGACACCACUGGCUCCUUGCCUCUGGACCUGGCAGAGCCCGUCUGCGAGCCGGUCGUGCAUUUUGGGACCGAAGUGAUGUAUCCGCUGUUGCUCUUUGCUGGCGAGGCAACACACUCUUCCUUCUUCUCGACCGUGCAUGGAGCUUACGAGUCCGGCAUACGGGAGGCUGACCGUCUUGCCGAUUUCUACUUCAAAGCUGGCAGCAGCCAGCAGGUAUGCGGCAUGGCCGACGAACUGGAGGGCAUGUUCCCCAAGGGGACUGCGCCCAUGGUCUCGGAUCCAGCUGGCAAGAACCCGCGCACAGUCAUUGUGGGAGCCGGUGCAGCGGGGCUCUCGGCGGCGUACAGGCUCUCCCUCGGGGGUCAGACCAACUUCCUCGUCUUGGAGGCACAGAAGAACGCCGGUGGAAGGAUACAGUCCUACUACUAUGAUGACAAGGUCCUGGAGCUGGGUGCACAGUGGGUUCAUGGAGAGGAAGGCAACCCCUUGUACGGCUUUGCCCUGUCCAACAACCUGCUGGCUGACCCCAGGAGGCACUUCUCCAUCGAGGGUAAGGGCCACUUCUGCACGGACCGGGGCACUCGGCUCCCCCAGGACCUGGUGGAUGGAGUCGUGACGGUCCUGAACCAGAUCAAGGAGGAGCUGGGAGGGAAGCGGCCCCGACCCGAAGGCGAGCUGCUGGCGCUGCACGAGCUCCCGACGUCGGUGGGGGAAUAUUUGCGGUCCCGCUUUCACGAGCACCUGAUGCACCAAGGGGAUUCGGAAGACAUGGCCAAGAUCAAGUGGUCUAUCUAUGACUGGUACUGGCGCUUUGAGGUCAUCGACAAUUCCUGCUACAGCCUGGACGAGCUGUCUUUCAAGAGUUACGAGGAGUUUGAAGAAUGUCCCGGAACAUGGAACAUCAACCUCAAGAAUGGCUUUUCAAGUGUCAUCAAGACCCUGAUGGACAACGUUCCGAAAGCGAACAUCCGCUACAAUAAGCCAGUGAGGCGAGUGUACUGGGACAGCACGCGGGUUCCUUACCGGCAGACCAAGUUGCCCCGCUCCUCCAUCAGCAAUUCCCAGGAGACAAUAGAGGAAAACAUUCCGUUUGUUGAGUGCGAGGACGGUGAAAUCAUAUCGUGCAGGCACGUGCUGCUCACAGUGUCGGCUGGUUACCUCAAGCGCCACGUGGACGACUUGUUUGAGCCCAGACUGCCCGAGAAGAAACGCCAAGCCUUGCGAGGCAUUGGCUUUGGCACCAUCAACAAGAUCUACCUGAUAUUUGCCGAACCAUUCUGGGAACCUGGGACAGAAGGCUUCCAGUUAAUCUGGCUCGACGAAGAACCAGACAGCGCCGACAACAAAGACUGGUGGCUGCGCGGCCUUUCGGGCUUUGACCCAGUCUAUCAAGACCCAAAUGCACUGGUGGGCUGGAUCGGUGGAAAGGCGUCGGAAUAUAUGGAGACCCUCUCAGACGCUCAGGUGGCAAGUGCCUGUGUGCGCGCUUUGCGCCAGUUCCUCAACAGGGACAUCCCGGACCCCAAGGCCAUUGUGAGGUCGUGUUGGAACAGCAACCCGUACAUCCUGGGCAGCUACAGCAACAGGCAGCUCCCGUACGAUGCUUCGGAGGCCCUCCUGGAGCGCUUCUGCGAGCCGCUGGUGUCCCAAAGGGCACUACGGGGGGCCUCGCAAGCUGGGUCGGCUGUCCCCUGUGCCAUGCACUGGCCACUAGUCCUGUUUGCUGGCGAAGCCACGGACAAGGAUUUCUACUCGACUGUCCAUGGAGCCAUGAGGUCGGGUUUCCGGGAAGCGGAUCGCCUCAUACAGUUCUGGAGGAAAUUCCUGCCGAAUCCAAUGCAUCGUGGAGGAGUGCUAUCCCGUGGUGCCAUCUCUGGCUGUGGGCCUACCGGUUAUGCAGCCGAAGGCGGAAAGUGCCCUAGUGCCCUCACACCGUUUGUAACAACUGCUGCCAAGCAGCUUAGAUGGUGGAAUGAAGCGAGCACCACAAAUCUGUUUCUGCAACAGCAGAGGAGGGGCAUGUCCAGUUUCACACCCAGUCGGAAAUUGCUGUGUCAUGGUUCAUCUCUUACAGCCUAUGGGUUCAGUUGGCUGAAGUUUGCAAUGAGACGACACAUCUUCCGCAUAUGAUUAGCUUUUCCCACUGAUGAAAGAAUGUGAUCAGAGUGCAUUCAUGAUGCACUGUUUGCUAUGUAGGCCUUUGCUUCAGCUUGCCUUGCAUUGAAACGGAGUAUGUCACUCCGAGGGAUCUGCAAGAUGCUGCAAAUUUUCUGUAUCGAGUGCAAUGGGACCUUUCCAAUGCUUCAGACAUGCUUCAGUAUAUUAUCUGCGGGAGAUCUCUGGUAACUUCAGCUUGAGUUUUUGAGCAUGUUUUUUCUAUGCAUGCUAAAUACUCGAAAGUAGCAAAAAUAAUGAAGCAAGGAAUCCUUUGUGGUUUUCAUAGCUGUGCCAUUCAACUCAGAAAAUGGUCGGGUGGCUUAUUUAAGAAUUUCUUUUAAAUCUUCAGGUAACUCUUGUACAUUAUUCUAAUGUAGAUGGGCCAUAGACUUUCCGGUUUUAACCGAAAAACACUUGAACAAAUUUGCUUCCAUUGAAAAGAAUCUGUUACAGCCGAAAAACUAAAAUUUCUGUUUGCUCUUGCUGAGAACUCUCGGCCGAAACCAUCGCUCCUUAGACAUUCAUCAGGCGAGUAAUCUCGCCUAGAAUCGAGCACCAUGCCAGUCUCAAAUCAGUGGAAUGGCUGACCUUGGAAGACAGUGACAUGAGCGUUAGGUCAGUCAAUCGGUCACCACAGUGUCGUGGUUCUAUAUCAGGUCGGGGCUGGACGACCGUGCUUGAAACUAAAUUGACUAUUGUUAUCGGUUGAAACCUGCAAAACAAUCAAGAGCAACUGGCCUUCCUUGUGGCAGAAACAUUUUGCUUGAGAAGGCUUGAAUUUUUCAUCCCACACAGAGCAGAAAUAACAGUAGUGGGAUAAGAAGGAAAGGAAAAGCUGCAGGUUAUUAUGGAAGAGUGGUCAGACUUUGACCAGUAUGUGUUCAGACUUGUUGAUCGUUUGCAAUGAUACUAUAGAUUAACUGUGUUGUGGAUGUGCUUGUGGACGCUGCUUCCAUGCAUGGCUUUCGCCUAAGGACCUUCUGCUGUUUCAAGUGCCACAACCCGUUGAUAGUUUUAACGCUAACCCAAAGUGUACACAUGUUUUGGAGCACAGCCUUAAGGUGGCUCUUUAUCGUAGCCAUUGAAUGCAGUUUUGAACCACCUCUACGUGGUGCUUCUAACGAUGGGAUAAAAUUCACGCUUGGCGUUUCUCACAAGUACUAUCCACCAUUGUUCUGCGAACGUGCAAGACGUGUCACGAGCGGUUGCUCCUCCGCCAUUCACUUCCUUUCAUUUCAGUGCAUCGCCACUAUUUGCUCUCAGCCUUGUGCAUUGGCGCAUUUGACGCUGCUUGUAAAACAAAUGCACCAAGGGGCUUUACGACUUUGGGGGAAGUUCCGUGGGAGUACCGCAUCUGAAAAUAACGUUGGUCGUUUGCAAGCUCUGUCGCAUUAUGGUAAGCAUGGCAAGAGGGAAGCGUUAGAAAGGUAUGUACAAAUUGUAAAUUCAAUUUUAACCAGGUUUCAUUUGCCGUUCCUUGGCUAUCGGCACUGUUUUCCACUAAUAAUCACCAUUUUUAGCAUCCGCAUGAAACGAAUCACCGGAGAUGCCGAUUGUUGAAAAGAAACUAAACACAAAAAUGUAGCUGCAGGUUUUUCUUAUAAAUAAGUAAAUGCUGAAAAAUCUACCGCCCAAUUGUAGGCCACCGGGUAAAAUUGAGGCAAAAUGUUUUUGCUGCAUGUUUUAAACCCGAAGUUACCUCAAGAUAGGAACUUGACAUGCUGUAGUUUUACUGAAGUUGUUUAGAAAUUCUUUUAAGUGGCACUUCUGGCCUUGCAGUUAACUGCACCACUAAAAGAGUGACCCGUUCUCUUUGCGGUUGGUAUGGAUAUGGUGAAAAUCAGUUUGUCAAACGACAUUUCACCAACAGAUUGUUUCGUCAACAUGCAACAUUCGAUUGACAGUUCGUUUCACCGAAAGGCUUCCCGCAUUUGUUUCAUGAGCAGACCAUGCAACAUUUUGUUAAACGGAACUGCUAUUUUCGCAGCAAAAAAAAAAUUAAAGCCGUUUACAACUCCCUGUAACUCUGAAUUGGAGCGCAGCUCUUGAGGAGGAGGAGGGAAGGGUACUGAGGGGAGGGUAGACCCCUCCUCUCUCCUCUUUACUUUGUGAUAGUGCCUGCUACUCCUCCUCCCCGCCUCCCUCCUGCUCUUCCCCUCCACCCCCUUCUUCCCGGGGUCACAUGACUUCGGGAGGAGGGGGGGUCACGUGACCUCGGGGGAGGGAAGGGGGUCACAUGACCCCUGAGGUCACGUGAGCUGGGGUGUCACGCGACCUUGGGGGGGGGGGGGGGGGUGUCACGUGACCUUGCAAUUAUGCCGACGCCGCUCAAGUGAAAUGGGCCCCUAAGAGCUGCGCUCUAAAACUGUGUCACACCUGAUUUAUGGGGGGAGAGAGAGGAGAGGGGGGGGGGGGGGGCGAAGUGGCAGAACGUUGCAGGGGCACGUGUCCACAAAGCGAGCUUCCACGAAACAUACAAUGUUGACGAAUCAUGUCCGUGAAAUCUGUGUCCACAAAAAGUUGUCCACGAAAUGUGUUUUCAUGAAACAAUAGGGACCCAUAUGGAAGCAUGUGCUCGAUUCUAGUAGGCUUUUCACAGUGGCGCCGAGCUAGCACGCAAGGGUGAAACACUUUGAAUCUGAUGCAAUUAACUGUGAAGAUUUUUUUUUUUUAGUUUUAUCAUAUUUUCUGGACUAUAGUCUGCAGAUUAUACAUGUUUAAAAGUUGAAAUUUUAGGGUGUGCAGACUAUACGGGAAUUUUGUUUUUCAAUAUCGUUAAUUCUGACGAAGCAAGAGGGAUUUUGUUAAUAAAAGAGUAUGUUAAUGAUGAUUUAUCUAUAAUGCAAGCUUCUUUGUGAGCUAAGAUAUGUGUCAAUGAGUGCCGUGUAGGAGAAGAUUUUCAUGUCUACUAAGCACCAGGUGCAGACUACGCACCGGGUGCGGACUAUCUGAGCGAAAACUUUUUUUUUACCCCAAAUUUGCCCCUGCGGACUAUACACCAAGUGCGGACUAUAGUCCGGAAAAUACGGUACUGAUCUUAUUCGGGAUAGUUUUAUGGUGGUGCAAAAUGAACACAAUACGAAAUGAUGAAGGAUUUGCUACACACACUUGAUGAAAGUUAGAGGUUAGUUGAUGUCGGCAGGUGCACUUCCAAGUUGAUCAAAACUGAUUCUAGGGUAGUAGAAUGUACAAAGUUUUGCGUCAAAUGAUACCAUUCAAUAAUGACUCGGGGGGAAAAAAGGAAUUUAAAGCAAGUAUUGUGGGAUGGGAACUCUUAAAAAGGUUUAUUGUGAUUAUAUCUUGUUAAUCGUUUAGUAGUAGAGAUUAAGUAAUUUUCUCGGGGAAUAUUAAGUUGCUUGCUAAUUCAUAUAAAAACUUGAGCCUUGCAAUUUGUGCCCCUUUUUUUUCUAGAAGUAUAAGUUCUAAUUUUCUGCAUACUGUGUUUGUUACCUUGCUGGCAUUUUUUUUUUUUCCUAACAUUAAUGCAUGAGACUGUGUGGAAACCAUAUGAUGUUGGCAUACUCGAACAUAAGACGGGCUAGUGUUUUAUAAUAGCUAGUAGUUUCGUUUCAGUGGAUCCAAGUUUUAAGACUUUUGAGAUGAUGGCGUUCAUUCUGUUUUAAGAGUUGAAGAGUCGAUGUGCAGAUCCCAGUACAGGUUAUGACAGAUGUAGUCCAAGGUAUUUAUGCUCCGACUUCCAGGCGGAUAUUGUUUACCUGCCAAAAAAAGGAUUGGGAUUGUUGUUGUUGUUGUUGUUGUUUUUUUUGUUAUAGUUUGGGUUUCGUGUUAUUGGUAAAUACUGAUGAACCCCUAACCCCCGAGCUGGUUUUAUCAAAAUAGGGGAAAAAACCGUAAAACUCCGAAUCUGAGCUGCCCUGAAUAAAAAUAACCGAAGAUUUCCAAAAAGGAAUCCUUUUAUCUACAGCUUUCUUAAUUUGUUUUGAACGGGAACAUAGCCCACACUGCAUUGACCAUGAGGCUGGUCCUUGGGACGUUUUCCAAGUGUUUGGGUCCUGUGCAGCUUCCCCAAAGAUUGGGGACUCUUAUGCCCGUUUUUCUUCCACAUGAGGCCCGAUAAGCACGCACCUUUUGCACGACACUGGAAAUUGAGACUGAAAAACAUGGAAUCUGUAGAAAAUUUCAAGAAAACAAAAAUAAACGCAGAGAAAAUGCGUCCUGAAAACAUGUAGCCCUAGUUAUGGUCAGUCAUUUCUCAUGUUUCUAAACACUUCUCUUUCCUGAUCAAACUGUUUGGCUCACAAAUGGUUUGCCUAGACAUGUUCAUCUCCAACCAAAGCAAUUCGGUGAGCAGGAAUAGUUUGUGUGCUGAAUACGCACAACACAUGCUGUAUGUCUUUCCAAGCUAGUGAUUCAACAAAAGCUGCACACUCAGCUUUCUGGUGCGCUAUUACAGACCUAUUUUUUAAUACCUCGAAGCACACAACAUGACGACACAAAAAAAAAAAAAAAAAAAAAAAAAAAAAACUCUGGACAAGGGACGACAAACAUAUUUUGAAAAAUAUGUUUGUCGUGCCUUGUCCCCGAGUUUGUUUUAUUCUUUCUGUCAACUCUACCAACACGCUCUACAGUUAAUUAAAACUUGAACAGAUGUUCUAUGAAACUAAAUGGCAAGGCAAGGACAUGUGGGGUUAAUGCUAGUGCUAACAAUAGAGCCAUCUGAACAUUUGCUUACAAUUGCUGGGUGCAGGCAGACUGGCAAGAAGCAGUCAGUGCAGAGUUUAAAAGGAAGGAUUAGAAAGAUGUGAUUAAGGGUUGCAUGUGAAAUGGACCUUUAAAUAUGUGAGGUGCAAUGCUCCAUUGACUGCCAAUGUAAACUCCUGAUUCCUAUGAAGAUGAAAGCUCGUUGGACUUUGGUGUCCUAGUGUCGGCACACCCAAGCAGUUAUCGAGCCAAUCCUUGCCACACAGAGAUGUGCAAGUUCUGCUCUUCCAUGCAGUGCUGGACAGUUGGGUGUCUGUCGCCCUUUCCAAUGACAUAGCGGGCUGGUUCUCCUUCAUAUUGGUCACGAGUAAAGGGAUCCAAAGUACAAUGGAAAGAGAAGUCAAGCUCUUAGCUAAGGACUAAUUUAUUCUGCACACGACGUGCCAUUUUGUGUGCAAAGGAUGCACUUUGGCAAUGCAUCAGAAAGUGUCCUUUUAAUGCACAUUCAAAUUGCAUUCCAGUGUUCCAUUUUGUGCCAGAUAUUAGCAAUGCAUCCCAGAGGUGUAUUACAGAAUGCUGCUGCCUCUUUUGUCUAGGAUGCCAAACACCGAUGGCGUGCACUGAUGUAUCUGUAGAAAAGAUUUUUAAUAAAAGUUCUACACCAUAUAA